AUGACACGCCUUCCACCAAAAGAGGCACCAACAAAAGAUGAAAAGUUCAAAAAUCGCGCAGAAUUAGACAAGCUUAGAAUAGAAAACGAACGUUACAUGAAGGAUCAUCCAGAACUUAACGCUGCAAUUCAAGAAUUCGUUUAUGCAGUUCUCAAAAGGAAACCAGAUGAUGUUCGUGGCUUUGCAAUUGAUUUCUUCACAAGACCUAUUCAGGAAACUCCAAAAUAA